CAGCGAGGAGCAGGGAACACGUCUUCCAGGCACGCACGCGCUGCAGGCGGCAUUGUCAAGAACUUGCCCCAACCCCGCUCUGAGGCCGGGGAAACGUCUGUCGAGGGUUGGGGGGACGCGCGCCAAGGCCCGGUGUGCGUUACCGGCGACGGGGAUGGUGCAGAAGCUGGACCAAAAGCUCCCAGUGGCCAACGAGUACCUGCUCCUUUCGGGCGGCGUUCGGGAAGGUGUGGUGGAUCUCGACCUCGACGAAUUAAACGUUUACGCACGGGGAACCGACUACGACAUGGACUUCACCCUCCUCGUGCCGGCGCUGAAACUGCACGACCGAAACCAGCCGGUCACCUUGGACAUGCGCCACUCGGCUCUGUGCCACUCCUGGCUGAGCCUUCGGCUCUUUGACGAGGGGACGAUAAGUAAAUGGAAAGACUGCUGCACCAUCGUGGACCAUAUCAACGGGGCGACCAAUUAUUUCUUCUCACCCACGAAAGUGGCGGACUGGUUCUAUGACUCCAUCAGCAUCGUCCUGUCCGAGAUCCAGAAGAAGCCGCAGCGAGGGAUGCCCAAAGUGGAGAAGGUGGAGAAGAAUGGGACGAUAAUAUCCGUCAUCUUGGGAGUGGGCAGCAGCCGCAUGCUGUACGAUAUUGUCCCCGUGGUGUCGUUCAAAGGGUGGCCGGCGGUGGCCCAGAGCUGGCUGAUGGAGAACCACUUCUGGGAUGGGAAGAUCACAGAGGAGGAAGUCAUCAGCGGGUUUUACUUAGUGCCUGCCUGUUCCUACAAGGGCAAGAAGGACAAUGAGUGGAGGCUGUCGUUCGCCCGAAGCGAGGUGCAGCUGAAGAAGUGCAUCUCCAGCAGCCUCAUGCAAGCCUACCAGGCCUGCAAAGCCAUCAUCAUCAAACUCCUCUCCCGCCCCAAAGCCAUCAGCCCCUACCACCUGCGGAGCAUGAUGCUGUGGGCGUGCGACCGGCUACCCGCCAGCUACUUGGCUCAAGAGGAUUACGCAGCCCACUUCUUGCUGGGCCUCAUUGACGAUCUGCAACACUGCCUGGUCAAUAAGAUGUGUCCGAAUUACUUCAUCCCCCAGUGCAACAUGCUGGAGCACCUGUCCGAGGAGACGGUCAUGCUGCAUGCGCGGAAGCUGUCCUCGGUCCGCUCGGAUCCCGCGGAGCACCUCCGAACUGCCAUCGAGCACGUCAAAGCCGCUAACCGGCUGACGCUGGAGCUCCAGAGGCGAGGCAGCACGAGCAGCAUCCCCUCCCCGCAGUCCGAUGGAGGGGACCCCAACCAGCCCGAUGACCGAUUAGCCAAAAAACUGCAGCAGCUGGUGACGGAGAACCCGGGGAAAUCCAUCUCCGUCUUCAUCAACCCAGAUGACGUCACCAGGCCCCACUUCCGAAUCGAUGAUAAAUUUUUCUGAGCUUUCGCCAACAUUUGUAUUUGGUUUGAUUUGGGUUUUUUUUUUUUUAAGAUUUUACACCGUGUAGGUUGUUUUUUGGUGACACGGUCCCCUUGUUUUUUACAUAUCCAGUGUAGAUUGGAUCUGUUAAGAACAAAGAGAGCCCAUUGUGAGUCCGGGUUCUGCAGGGCAGUGCAGACUUUGAAACAGUAUAUUACUAUUUCAUAUGCUGCUUUGAUUGUCACCGAUACCCCACCGUUCUUGUGUGUAGGAUUUUUUAAAGGAGAACUUGAGCCAUAAACACACGCCCACACCAUUUUUUUCCAAACUUCCAUAAUGACGCACAAUGUGUUUGGGUAGGGAGGAGAGAAUUCACCUUCCUCUGCAUUAAAAAAAAAUCUGUUCUUUCCAUGAGCUUCCAUCUCCAUAAAGAAAUUGGGUGAGAUUCCCGCUUGGGAAGUGCUACUCAGCACGUUUGCUGCUCCCCUCCCCACGGUGAAAGUGCUGCGUGUCUGCUCUUCACGCUUUUCUCACGCUGAGGGAGCAAGGAGGCUUGGGAAAACUAACGAUGCAACAAGCAGCUGUUGGGGGUUUGGGAAGCCACCUCUUCUUGAAUGUAAUUGUUCGUAAUUGGACCUUGUAGGGCGUGGAGGCUUUUCUGCCGCUUUUCCAUGCAGGAUAAAGUGAUGGGGUGUUAGUUUUAGUGUGUGUAAUUAUUCAAAGCCUUAUUUAAAUUCUCUAUUAAAGAACAUACCAUUAUAAAUGUUAAUUGCACUAAUGAAAUCUUUUGCCAUUACCUCAGCACCAUGGGUUGUGUUUCU